AUGCUGGGAUCAGAACGAGGUGUCGUGGAAGAAUGGCUGUCAGAAUUCAAGGCAUUACCUGAAACACAAAUUUCCAGCUAUGCAGCUACAUUGCACCGAAAAAAACCACUGGUACCAGCUCUUUAUAAGGUCAUUCAAGACCCAAAUAAUGAGCUCCUGGAGCCUGUUUGCCACCAGCUCUUUGAACUGUAUCGUAGUUCGGAAGUUCGGCUCAAGAGAUUCACACUGCAGUUUUUGCCAGAGUUGAUCUGGGUUUAUCUGCGUCUUACUGCCAGCAGGGAUAGGCAGAGCAAUGGUUGCAUUGAAGCACUGCUCCUUGGCAUUUACAACUUGGAAAUUGCUGACAAAGAUGGAAACAACAAAGUUUUAUCUUUCACCAUCCCUUCGUUAUCUAAACCCUCAAUAUAUCAUGAGCCCUCUACUAUUGGAUCCAUGGCUUUAACUGAAGGAGCUCUAUGUCAGCAUGAUCUCAUCAGGGUAGUUUACAGUGAUCUUCAUCCUCAGAGAGAAACCUUCACGGCACAGAACCGGUUUGAGGUGCUGAGCUUUCUUAUGCUGUGCUACAAUUCUGCUAUUGUGUAUAUGCCUGCCUCUUCUUACCAAUCACUUUGUAGGAUGGGUUCCAGGCUGUGUGUGAGUGGGUUUCCACGGCAGCAUGAGAAACGCUGGAAAGAACACUGUAGUAGAGUGGUUUUAGACCCUGACUUCAUGGUGCAGCUGCUCACAGGUGUCUAUUACGCCAUAUAUAAUGGUCAGUGGGAUCUUGGCCAGGAGGUGUUAGAAGACAUAAUUUACAGAGCACAGCUUGAACUCUACUCACAGCCUCUGCUGGUUGCAAAUGCCAUGAAGAACUCACUGCCCUUUGAUGCUCCAGACGCAUCACAAGAAGGCCAGAAGGUACUCAAAGUAGAAGUUACUCCAACAGUGCCGAGGAUUUCUCGGACUGCUAUUACAACAGCUUCUAUCCGUCGCCAUCGCUGGAGAAGAGAAGACACUGAAGGUGUAAAUGGAAGAGAGGAAUCUGUGAACCUUAAUGACGCUGAUGAGGGAUUUUCAUCAGGAGCUUCACUCAGCAGCCAGCCAGUUGGGACCAAACCUCUAUCAUCUGUAUCCCAGAAGGGCAGCUUAAGGAAAACAGCAAGUGGCCAUUCUGCUAAGGAUAAAGAAACCUCUUCUGCAGCAAAGUCCAAUGAGAGCCCUCGAGAUCCAGUAGCUUGGAAGCAGUACAUGCACCAAUCCACUGACCUUGGUGCAGAUAUAAUUGAGAUGACACCUACAAAGAAACACCUCAGCCUGCCUGCUGGGCAAGUGGUGCCAAAAGCUAACAGUUUGAGCCUGAUCAGGACCGCCAGUGCUUCCUCCAGUAAAUCAUUUGACUAUGUGAAUGGCAGUCAAGCAGGCUCCAGUGUUGGAGCUGGUACUGAGGGUGUUACCAAUCUAGCAGCUGGCAACACCAAUCGGUUUUCAACUAUUAGCCUACAGGAGGACCGACUAGGCCAAGCUGGGGAAGGUAAAGAUCUCCUUCCCCCAGGAGCUCCCCUAACCAAGCAGUCUCGAUCUCCAAGUUUCAAUAUGCAGCUGAUAUCCCAGGUGUAACUUUGACUUCCUUUCCCUUUAAUCCCCAGGCAAGUUCAUCCUUAGGCAAAACAUGAACCAUCAUCCCGCAGUGUGAAAAUACCGACUGUAGUGAUCUUGUUUGAUUUGGUUUAGCUAUCAUACUGUAUUACUGAAACAGCAAUAAUUCUUCCCUCACCUUCAUCCUCCCCCCCACCUUGUAAACAUGGUUGUGAAGCAGUAUAUAACGUACUGUAUGCCUUUUUCCAUGCCUUCCUUUCUCCUUGGGUGAUGUGCAAUCCAUCGUAGGCUGAUCAGUCCCAUUUCAACACUGUGAGACUGGAGACACCGGCGGAAAUGGUGAAUGUGAUCCCUAUGAGAUGAUGCUUUGGCUUUGUUAAGAAAUAGAAACGGGUUUGUUUUCUCAGUCUACAGUACUGCAAAGACUACUGGAUCAUGACUUUUCUUUCUCGGAACCAGGAGUGCCUCAGAGAUUCUAGUGUGACUUUGGACCUCUCUGAGUCUGUGCAAUCAAUUCUGGGGAGGGGAUUGUCAUUGCUGCUCCUGGCUGCCUACAGCACUUUUAUCAUUAAAGUGAGGGUAGUUGUUUCUUGUC